UUCAAUCCUGGGACAAGAGUACCUCUGAGAAUAUGCAGAGCUCGGUUACUCGUGAAAAAAAGCACACGGACAACGACUACCCUGGUGGGGUUGGAGAGGGGAUGGGCUUUGGAAGCCGACAGUAUCUUGGAGACCAGUUGCAGCUAGAUCUCACCCUUUGGGCACUAAGCAUGACGCGGCUGAGAAAGGGCAGGAUGGAGUGAAGGAUAAGGGAGAAGACGCUGGAUUAAGAGAAAAUGGGGUUGCCAGUAAAAUGCUUUACAGCAGGUUCAGGGCAGACUUCUUUAAGACUUCUGUAAUUAACUUGAGGAAUCCACUACUGCAAGAUCUGACGGUGAAGGGUUUUAAGAAAAGGAUUCAAUGAAUUCAUGGAGGAAGCGUCAAAAAAUUACUUCAAACGACGGGAGUUUUCAUUCACGCUCCGCGAUGACAUCUAUGUGCGGUACCAGUCUUUCAACAACCCCCAGGAAUUGGAGAAAGAGAUCCAGAAAAUGUGUCCUUACAAAAUUGACAUUGGGGCUGUGUAUUCCCAUAGGCCCAUCCAGCACAACACUAUACACAUGGGUGCGUUCCAGGCACAGGAGAAAGAGCUGGUGUUUGACAUAGAUAUGACGGAUUAUGAUGAUGUUAGACGAUGCUGCAGCUCUGCAGAGAUCUGUUCCAAGUGCUGGACUCUCAUGACCAUUGCCAUCCACAUCAUAGACCGAGCACUCAUGGAGGACUUUGGCAUCAAGCACCGUCUCUGGGUGUACUCGGGACGGAGAGGCGUUCAUUGCUGGGUGUGCGAUGAUUCCGUCAGGAAGUGGUCUUCAAGUCUCCGCUCUGCAGCAGUUGAAUAUCUCUCCCUUGUGAAGGGUGGUGAAGAGACCAUCAAGAAGGUGACACUCCCAGACAACAUUCACCCUUUCAUCAGUGAAUCAAUAAACGUGGUAAUGCGUUACUUCAAAGAAUAUGCACUUGUUGAGCAGGACAUACUUGGAAAUAAAGAAAGCUACGAAAAAGUGUUGGCUUUGGUUCCAGAGACAGUUCGAAAUGAACUCCUACUGGAAUUCCCUAAAAAGCUUGAUUCAGUCCAGCGCUGGGAACUUUUGAAAAAAGCAGUGGACAGACACAAUAACACACUUAAGAAAACAGCGCACACUGAAUCAGAGAUCAUGCUUCAGUACUGCUUUCCGCGGCUGGAUAUUAAUGUUAGCAAAGGAAUCAACCACUUGUUGAAGAGCCCCUUCAGCGUUCAUCCCAAAACAGGACGUAUUUCAGUUCCAGUUGACCUGAAGAAACUGGAUGAAUUUGAUCCGUUCGCUGUUCCCACUAUAAGCCACCUCUGUCACGAGCUGGACACGAUUAGCAACAACAAGGGUGAUGCAAAGGAAAAUGAAGGAGAGCCAGAAUGCUCUCGGAGGAGCAGAGACUACAAGAAAACCAGCCUGGCUCCAUAUGUGAAAGUCUUUGAACAGUUCCUGGAGGAAAUGGAAAAAUCUGACAUAAAGGAACGUCUCAAGGCUAGUGACAUGCAGCUGGAUUUCUGAAGGUUGUUGGACUUUUGAUGUGCUGUAACUAUGACUCUUUCAUGCAGCCAGAUAGCUGUGAUCAUCUACUGUGGAACUUUCUAAAGGCUGUUUAUUUUAACAUCUUAGAAGGAAUUUCUUUCAUGUUAUCCUUUUAGGUUUUCUUUAUAUUUAAAGCUCUGUUGUCUUAUAGAUAAUUAAAUUUUCAUAAUUAAAUUUUUCAAAAGACACACAAACAUUGUUAGUUUGCUUACAGUCUGAAAUGGAGAGGAAAACCAAUUCCAGUUUGCAAAAAUUCUCUUGGGUGGUUGCACAGAGUCAGAAGGUCACUUCCAGAUGACUGUUUGUGGGGAGGUUAGAUGACACUGGCUACUUAUUGAACAUCUGUUCUGAUUUGUUUUUCAGGGAGGUUAAAUAACUUUGCGACAAGCAAUUGCUAUCCCUUCCAAUUUGGGGGCAGGGGGGAAGGAAGAAGCUUUAUUGCACAAGAGCACCAAAACAACUUUUAAUAGCACAGCUUGAAUUUGCAUGUGACUGAAUUCUAUCCUCAAAAUAGCUACACUCUAGAAGCUUCCAGGGUGCUUCCACACUAGGCAGUUAGUUUGGAAUUGCCACACUUUCUUCACUGGGGUGUAAUCAUUGUUAAUCAGGGGGCAAAAUCGGGGCCCAUACCCAUCAUACCAAAUUCUGGCCUAUGCAUCAACCUUCACUUGAUCAUUCAAUCCUGCCUGGUUCAGUUGACUCAGCAGCAACCCAGUGCUCUCCUCUGUCCACUUCAUGCCAUAGUUGCUAUGUGUGUAGGCCUAACAUGGAAUGAAUUAACAGUCGUCAUAACCCUGGCCACUGCCCAGCAAGUACUUAACAGAGUGGUGAAGCCACAUCUGCAGCCAUGCUGCUCAGGUCAGAAGGGGCAGGGUAGGCAGAUUGCUGUCCCAUCCUGGAGCUGGUCCAACGAUUGGGCCUGAUGCUGUCAUGUGAUGGCCGUGGGGCCAGCUUGGGAUCCAACAGAUGCUGGGCCAACAGCCCCACCCACAGAAUGCAACACUUGGGCAGAAGAGGGAGUUCUGCGUUGAUGGAGUGGUGCUGAGGGCAGCAUGGCUGGGUGCAGGGAUACCUCUACCCAAUCCAAACCUCCCCCACCAGCCUGACGCAAAGAGGGUUUUGGACUGCUGUUCACAGGGCGUACAUACAGCAGCAGCAUCCAUCAGUAUUAUCCUCUGUUUUUGCAGGGGCUGUGUCUUUUCUCAGACUGCAGAAAACCUGACUUUUUUUUAGAUAAAUGGAACAGUAGCACAAUCUCUGCAGGUGUGAAGAGCUUAGUGUUACGCUUCUGUCUUUCUGAGAUGCGAAGUAUGGUUUCAACAUGUGCAGUGAACAUUCAUUAUAACUUUUUCUGAUUGGUUUCAUGUUACUGCUCUUCUUUUCAUAUAUCUUUUAUCUUUAAAUUCACGCUAAAAUGCUAAAUGUGUGCACAAUAGUACUUAACCGAAAUAAUUUUGUUAGUUUAAGAAUUGGUUUUUAUUAUUAUUAUUGUUAUAAUGUAUUAAAG